GACAUUCAUUUUAUAGGUGGAUGUUAAUUUCUGUCUUAAAUUAAUUACCAUAUCAGUACACUGAAUUAAUAUUAAGACCGGAGAACCUUCUUUAGAUUUUUACACAAAGCCGAUCGAGCUUGGAGUUUGUGUCAGUUUUAACAUUUAUCAGCAGGUGUACUUUUGAGAGUUGCACCUGACUAUAUUAUACUCAUUACGAUGGAGAGAAUUUCUGCUUAUUUUUUCUUAGUGUUCUAUUUAAUCAUCUAUCAAGCUUAUGCCCUGUUCAUGCCACUGGAAGGGCGUCCUCAAGGAAAAUGGAUGAUUGAAAAUUCAAACUUGGGUACAACUGGGGAAUUUACGCAGUCGUUUCAGACAGAAUCAAUGGGACCUAGAAUGCUUGGGAAGAUUUUUUCUGUUCACAAAGAUCCGUCGGGUCAAAUCCACACUGAAUCCAGAGUAGUUGAAGUCUCACACAAUGGGAUGUCUGUUGAUCAGGGAUUUUUAGACCCUGUUCAAGCAGUGAAUCGGGCAAUGUCGAAGACCGGUGACAGUAACAUUUUAAACACCAGAGCUAAACAACUAUCACCCCAACCCAGCGUCUUUGAUCCGAUGCAGUCUGUGCAAUUAGCGAUGUCUCAAACAAUGCGUAACAUGGAUUCCAUGAUGAACAACAGACAUACAGCAUCAGAACCACGAAAUUUCGAUCAAAGGCAUUCUAUACAGCAUACGUUUUCACAAACAUCUUCCAAUGUUGAUCGAAGGAAAACCGAUAAAUUAUUUUCCCAUCCUGAUGUUGCAAGUGUUGCCAAUGUGGGUCGGACAGAAACGUCUCAUGGUUCAAGUGCCAUAUCUACGUUUGAUAACCAAUUUCCUAAUUUGCGAGGAGGGUCAUUUAGAUCUCCAAUGACCUCGGGUCCAGCUAGAAGAUUUCAAACUCAAACGGUAGCAACCCCAUCACCAAGAGCUUCAAGUGCCAUUUCUACAUUUCAUCCACAAUUUCCCAGAACAGGAACAGUCCAAACAACGCCAACUCCACUCUUAAAACUUGUAGCGAAGACAGUGACAGAAAUACGAAAUGAGUCGGGAACAACUGGACCAAAACCUAUGUGUAUAUAUAUAGACGAUCCAGUCUAUAAUACCCUUUGUCUCAUGAAAACGGAAGGAUUUACGAAGAAAAAUACAUUGGAGGGGGUUACACAAAUACAGAGAAAAAAGGAAACAGGUAAAGAGACAUUUAAGGCAGCCGCUAAUCUGGUGUCCGUUAUCGCCAAAGGAAUGUGUGCUUUCUGCUGCCAUGCUGAUCUGCGAAGUCAAGAGAAAUGUUUUAAAAGAUUUUGUGAAAACAAAACCAGCUGUUGAUAAAACAUUGAAACAAAAUUUGCCUUUAAAAGCAUUUAAUAUUUCGUAAAAGUUAGUAAUUUUUAAAAUAUAAAGGCAAAUAUUUAUU